AUGGCUGGCUCUGGACAGCGUAAAGCAGGGCUUGUUACUGUGGAGUUGAACAAGACAAUAUGGGAGGUGCCGAGUCGCUACACCAUACAGAAUCCUGUUGGUAUCGGUGCUUACGGCCAGGUCGUAUCUGCCUUUGACAAGAAGUCAAACACAAAAGUGGCAAUAAAAAAGCUGGCCCGGCCAUUUCAGACAGCAAUCCACGCCAAGAGGACGUUCAGGGAGCUUCGUAUGUUAAAGCAUAUGAAUCAUGAGAAUGUGAUCAGCCUCAUUGAUUGCUUCACCCCAAAUCUUAGCAUGGCAGAUUUCCAAGACGUUUACAUGGUGACCCCACUGAUGGGAGCCGACCUCAACAACAUACUCAAGACACAGAGACUCAGUGAUGACCAUGUCCAGUUUCUCAUCUAUCAGAUUCUCAGGGCACUCAAGUACAUUCAUUCUGCGGGGAUUCUGCAUCGUGAUUUAAAGCCAAGCAACAUUGCAGUGAAUGAAGAUUGUGAAUUAAAGAUUCUGGACUUUGGGCUGGCCCGGCACACCGAUGAAGAGAUGACUGGCUAUGUGGCAACCAGGUGGUACAGGGCCCCUGAGAUCAUGCUCAACUGGAUGCAUUACAACCAGACAGUGGAUAUUUGGUCUGUGGGUUGUAUCAUGGCAGAGAUGAUGAUUGGACGACCUUUGUUUCCUGGCACAGAUCACAUUGACCAACUGACUCGGAUACUGUCCUUGGUGGGCACACCCGGUGAUGAACUAAUGCAUGAGAUCAAGAGUAAUGAUGCAAGGAUGUUCAUAAAGUCGCUUCCUCACAUGCGGAAGAAAGAUUUCAAAGAAGUGUUUGUAGGAGCUAAUCCUCUAGCUGUGAAUCUUCUGGAAAGAAUGCUGGACUUGAACACAAAAACCAGACUGGAUGCCACACAGGCUCUGGCUCAUGAGUAUCUCAAGCAGUACUCAGACCCACAAGAUGAGCCUACCUCCGAGAAGUAUGACCAGUCAUUUGAGGACCUGGAGCUCAGUAUAAAUGACUGGAAAAAAUUGGUGUGGAAUGAGCUGGAGAAUUUUACACCUAUAUCACCAUCUUAG